AUGUCGGUCGCAACUCCCAAGAGACAGCUUACCAGUAGAAAAUCGUACAGUAUUCUUCCGACUGUAGAUGGAUCUGGUGGAAAUUUAAAUGGUAGCCCGCAGUGGGCACAUGGAGGAGAUAGGAUUUUAAGCGAAACUACAGGGCUAGUCAAGUUUGCCUUGUCUCCCAAUAGAGCCAAAAAGACGUUGACUACUAAGAAGUCGGGCUUACCUGUAUAUAUUCCAAUAGAUGAUAGAUCGAGCCAUGAGGUUGAAGAGGUUAACAUCCUAGAAAAAUUUGCAAAAAAGCAGAGGCAGUUGGUAGAAUUGGAAAAGCAAAUAGAAUUGGUCAAGUUUGAGUUGAUGGAGAUGUCGGAGCAGAUUAAAAGUAGCCAUGGGGAUGUUAAUGACAGCAACAAAAGUAACAACAAUGGCGACAGUAGCAACAAUAGUAGCACUAGCACCAGCAACGGCACCGGUAUUGCAACCAGUGCUACUAGUAGAAUUGUAGAGUCCCCUUCUAAGUUGAAUUUCUUAAAGAACAAGGCGUCCAACAUCUUCAACAUUGAGAUACAGCCUUCCCAGGCACAGCCAAUUCAAGAAUACUUCAAUAAAUUUCAAAAUCAAUUGAACCAGUCUAAAGUGAUACCAAGAGAGGCUUUGAAAAAUAUUGUCAAUGACGUAGGGAAGAACAUUGAUGAAAAUAAUACAAAGAUAAAGCAAUUUAUAAAUGCGAACCCAACCACAAAGAAGUUCAAUGAACUCAUAAAUAACUUAUCGCCUAGUAGAUCCAGUAAGGUGGUGACACCUUCAACCAGAAGAGACGUUGCAGAAACAUCGUUAAUGUUUGAUAACUUGGAUUUGAACGAAAUUAAAUUUGAGAAGAGUUUGAUAUACGAAGGCGGCGAUUCUAUUAUAUUCGAAGGAGAUGAAGAAUUACUUGGAAAUAGCUCUAAUAUCGUGGACAUAGAUGAUUACGACAGUGAAGAAGAGAAGUUAUAG